AUGGGAAAAGAGACGACACCACCACCGAGCGGCAUUGAAGGGAUCAACCUUCGCGAUGCGCUGGAAGAACGUUACCUCGCCUAUGCACUGUCGACCAUCAUGCACAGGGCCUUGCCGGAUGUCCGAGACGGGCUGAAGCCGGUUCACAGGCGUCUUCUCUAUGCGAUGCGUCUUUUGAAACUGGAUCCCGGCGCAGGCUUCAAGAAAUGCGCUCGCGUGGUCGGCGAUGUCAUCGGUAAAUACCAUCCGCAUGGCGAUCAGGCCGUCUAUGAUGCACUUGUACGCCUCGCCCAGGACUUUGCCCAACGCUAUCCGCUGAUCGACGGUCAGGGCAAUUUCGGCAAUGUCGACGGCGACAAUGCUGCUGCCAUGCGGUACACCGAAGCGCGCAUGACCGACACGGCCAAGCGACUGCUCGACGGACUUGACGAAAAUGCCGUCGAUUUCCGGGAAACCUAUGACGGCGAAGACAAGGAACCGAUUGUCCUGCCGGGCGGAUUCCCGAACCUCCUGGGCAACGGCUCCUCAGGCAUCGCCGUCGGCAUGGCAACAUCGAUCCCGCCGCACAACGCCUUUGAGCUCUGCCAGGCAUGCCUGCACCUGAUCAAGAAUCCGAAGGCGGAAGUUGACGAACUGCUGGAGCAUAUCAAGGGACCGGAUUUUCCGACCGGUGGCCUGCUUGUCUCCGACCAGGGCUCCAUCCGCGAAGCUUAUGCGACCGGACGUGGCAGUUUCCGCGUGCGUGCACGCUGGGAGGUCGAGGAUCUUGGCCGCGGGCAAUGGGCGAUCGUUGUCACUGAAAUUCCGUACCAGGUUCAAAAGUCGCGCCUGAUCGAAAAGAUUGCCGAAUUGCUGACAGUCCGGAAACUGCCAUUGCUCGACGACGUUCGCGAUGAAUCUGCCGAGGAUAUCCGCGUCGUUCUGGUUCCGCGCUCGCGCAAUGUCGACGCAAAUAUCCUGAUGGAGUCCCUGUUCAAGCUGACCGACCUGGAAAACCGGUUCUCCUUGAACAUGAACGUUCUUUCCAUGGGCAAGGUGCCCAUGGUGAUGGGCGUGAAACAGGUGCUGCGCGAAUGGCUCGAUCACCGCAAAGUUGUUCUGGUCCGCCGCUCCGAGCACAGACUUGGCCAGAUCAACCAUCGACUCGAGGUUCUGGAAGGCUAUUUGAUCGCCUACCUCAAUCUGGACGAGGUGAUCCGGAUCAUCCGUGAGGAAGACGAUGCCAAGGCCGAACUGAUCAGGACCUUUGAACUGACUGACGUCCAGGCGGAAGCCAUUCUCAACAUGCGCCUGAGAUCUCUGCGCAAACUUGAGGAACUGGAGAUCCGCAAGGAGCACGGAAAACUCACCGACGAAAAGGACGAGCUCACGAAACUUCUCGGCUCAGACGCCCGUCAAUGGACCCGAAUUUCCAAGGAAAUUGUUGACAUUUCCAAGGUCUAUGGACCUGAAACGGAAAUCGGCAGACGGCGCACCGACAAGUCGGAGGCUCCGGAAGCGGACCUGGUCGACAUUCAGCAGGCGAUGAUCGAAAAGGAACCGAUAACCGUCAUCAUCUCGGAAAAAGGCUGGAUCCGUGCCCUCAAAGGGCAUCAGAGCGAUUUGUCAUCCCUGACCUUCAAACAGGGCGACAAGCUGAAACUGUCUUUCCAUGCCGAGACGACAGACAAGAUCCUCGUGUUCUCGACCGGAGGCAAGUUCUUCACCCUCGGAGCUGAUCGAUUGCCGGGUGGGCGCGGACACGGCGAACCGAUCCGUCUCAUGGUCGAGAUGGACGAAGCGCAGGAUGUGGUGAAUGCCUUCGUUCACAAACCUGGGCGAAAGCUUCUUUUGUCCAACAACGAGGCGCGCGGUUUUGUCGUUAGCGAGGAUGAUGUCAUUGCAAACACCCGCAAGGGCAAGCAGGUGCUCAACCUGACGGCCCCGGCGGAAGCAGCCCUUUGUGUCGAUGCCACUGGAGAUCAGGUGGCGAUCAUCGGCGAAAACCGGAAAUUGCUGGUUUUCCCACUUGCUCAGAUCGCGCAAAUGGGCAGGGGCCGCGGCGUGCGGCUGCAGCGUUACAGGGACGGAAAUGUGUCCGACAUCAGGGUUUUCUCCGGCGAAGAGGGACUUACCUGGAUCAACAGUUCAGGACGCAGCUUUACCCGUUCGCUGGAAGAACUUACCGAUUGGCGCGGAGACAGGGGCCAGGCCGGGCGCCUGCCGCCGACCGGCUUCCCGCGUUCAAACAAGUUCGGUCCCGGCAAACUCUAG